CGGGUCCCGCCCCGGGAGGGGCAGCGGCCGCCUCGGGCCACACCUGCGCGGCGGCAGCGGCAGCACCAUGACGGUGGGGGCGCGGGGCCGCUUCUCCCGGCGGGGGCCCGGCGAUGACCGGGUCCGCAUCCUGAGCGGCCCGGAGGAGGACGAGGAGCCGGCGGGGGUGGCAGCGGGGCCCCCGCGGGACCCGCAGCGGGACCCGGAGCGGGACGCGGAGCUGGCCGGGGCGGGCGGCAGGACGGUGCGCUUCGCCCUCCUGCCCGACGCCUACCAGCCCCUGCGGCCGCCGGCCCCCGCGGGGAAGCGGCCCUACAGCAAGCGGCUGAAGAAGUACGGCAAGAACGUCGGCAAAGCCCUGCAGAAAGGAUGUCGCUACUUGGUGGUCGGCUUGCAAGGACUGGCAGCAGCCUACUCUGCUCCCUUCGGGGUGGGCGUGCAGGUGGCAUCGCUCGUCCGCUAGAGCACAGGCUGAGCACGAGCCUUUUCCAGAAGACUGCGGCUGUUUUGGCUUUUUUAGGAUUAAAUCAUCAUUCAAGACCAUAUCUGAGAAACCUCUUGGACAUGCACAGCCCCGACCCCCUCCCGCAGCCCAAUUCCCUGGACCCGGUGCUCUUUCCUGCAAAAAUCUCCAGCGCUUUUCAACCUUUAAAAUCGGAUGGGGUCAAAGACAUGCAAGGACACGGAAGUAAUUGUGGACUAACUGAGCUGAAGAGUGGUGACAGACAUGCACUGGUUGUCUAAAGUUACGUGUGAAAAGGAGCCGAGGAUGGAUGGAAAAGCAGGUAGAUGAGGGACAGAGAAGUGAAGGGAAGUAGAGGAUGAGGGUGGUGGUUGGGAGGUGCAUGAGAGUUGAGUUUGACAGGGGGAGCUGAGUUGAAUCUCAACAUAAGAGUUGAGUCUGACAGUCAAAGCUGUGGAGGAAACAGGUAAUGAAGGAUCAGUAAGAGGUAGCCUUUGGCUUCUUGUGUCUUUUUCUGAGAUGGUUAAAAUUGAGUAUAUGUAAAGAUAUACAUGGAUAUAAAUGGGCUGUGAUCUGAGACAUGGUGAGCUUUGCUGCAUCACUGUUGUUCAUCUCAAACACUGGCAAUCGUGAGCCCUUAAGUCUUAGCACUGCUGUAAAAAUCCAGAAAGGAAACAAGGUGUGUUUGUCUUCUGAUUUUGGGGCAUUAGAGGUUCACUGUGAUUAAUAUGUUAAAACUUCCCUCUGCUGCUGUGAAAUACACAUACUGUUUUUUAGACAUGGUUUAUAUCUAAUGUACCUGAGUCUAGAAACUGAGGCUUUAAGAACACCUAGCUCUGUGGUGUUCAUUGGGAGGGGAAAAAAAAAAAAUCACAAGCUGCAUCUGAAAAAACUACACGUGCCGUUUAGGGCAGCGUGUUUUGUACAAGAGUGGGGCCAAGUAACCUGCUGGCUCCGUUUCCAUAUGUGGAAGUUGUAGCCAGAGAAUGUCAGUGCUGAAUGGAGCAGCUUCCAUGUCACACCCCGAGGGAUAUAAAUCUCCUGUUGAUGAAACAGGAACAAGUGUUUUUAAGGGCCUUCAGGAUUCUGUGAAUUGUUUUUUUUUUUUUUUUUUUUAUUCCCUCCCACAUCGGUCUUUCAUGGUAGCAGUAAAUGAUUUCCCCGCUAGCACUUUCUCUGUAUUAUAGAUCUUUGUAGUCUUGAUAGUUUUGUAAUCAAGGAAUUGAGAUGUUCUGGAAACAAAUGCUGCUCGGUUGAUUUCUUUGUCUUUUCUGAAUGGAGGGGAACUGCAUGUCUUAGCACACUGGACUGUAUUUCUUUUAAAUGUAGCAAAUGGAAUGGAUUUGGAAAAGAAGGAUGGAAAAGAAGUAUUUUUUCAGUGUUCUUUUCUAACUGGACUGUAAAUAAAAGUAUGUGAUCCUUGUGCUGUGAUUAA